UCGCCGAGAAAUCCCAAAAUUGUUUUCACUACGCUUUCCCCGCCAUUUGUUUCUCACCCUUCUCUUCCCUCAUCCAUCAUUUUCUAGGGUUUUUUUUUUCUAAUCUCUCAAAAACUCCGGUUCUCUCCAUACAAAUUAUUCCCAUGUCUCAAACCCUAGAUUUUCUCACUUCUUCUUCAACUUCCAGUUCAUACAAGUCUUCCUAGAUGCAGCGGUUGGAGUCGUCGUCUUCGAUGAGCAAUUCCGGCAGUUCGAGUCUACGAGGCAUCGGGCUGUCCAACACCAUACACUCUGAGGUCGCACCUUGCUUACCGUUGCCUUCGCUUCCAGUGUUCUGUGGGGCGUAUGAUCAGGAGCUUCGCUUGUUUGACGAGCCCAGGAACGCAAGGUCUUUGAAUCGGCGUGAUGUGAUUAGUCAGGCUAGUAGGAUCGCUGAUCUGCUCAGAGAGACAGAUAUUUCUUAUCUGAAUCUAAGGGAUGAUGAAUGUUCUUUUCCGUAUGGCUUUGUGGAGCCUUUAGUCCUUUAUGAUGAAGUGGUCCGGUGUAAUCCUGAAGCAUUUGAAUACAUUACUCCAGGUCAUAUCAAGGAGCAAAUCUGUAGCAGGACAGUAUCAGAAAAGAAACCCAUUGAGCAGAAUGUACCCAUUACAAGUCAAGUUCAAAGAGAUGGUGGCAAUCAUAGCCACCAGUCUGAUUAUGUUCUUAAUGAAAAAUCCACUUCUAGAAAACCAAAAGUCAAGAAGAAAGGAAGUGAUGACUUCUUACCAUCAGCUGGGCCAGAUCCCUAUGAUCUUCAAGAUGCCACCAUUGGAAACUUUUCUGAGAUGUUGGAGGACUUCUGUGGAAGAGCUGAAAUUCCUAGUGAUGAUCGUGAUGAAGCAGAGUGGUUAUCAAUGCCUCUUGCUGAUCUUAAAAUUCUUGUAAAUGAAAUAAUAUCCAUCCGUGCAAAGAAACUUCUAAAUUUGGUUCCUGUAGGUAUUCUUGUAAGACUGUUGAGGGUUCUAGAUCAUCAGAUUCAUCGAGCUGAAGGCUUGUCUGUUGAUGAAUGUGAACAUUCAGACACCGAUGCAGUUUCAUCAGUUUUCUGUGCUCUGGAGUCUAUUCAUGCAGCACUAGCAGUUAUGACACAUAACGACAUGCCAAAGCAGCUUUACAAAGAGGAGAUCAUUGAAAGAAUUCUGGAGUUCUCUAGGCAUCAGAUAAUGGACAUAAUGUCAGCUUGUGAUCCUUCAUAUCGUGCUUUGCAUAAACCAAGUGAAAAUGGGGUCCUUGAGGGUGAAGAUGAUGAAGAGCCGGAUGCUGACUUUGGUUCAGCAAGCAAGAAACGACGUAAGAGUGUCAAAGCAAAGAAAUCAGCAGCUAACAAGGUUUCUGCUGCUGUGAACACCAUACUUCAGAAACUGUGCACUAUUCUUGGUUUUCUGAAGGAUUUGUUGUUGGUGGAGCGCCUAUCAGAUAGUUGCGUUCUACAACUAGUGAAAACAAGCUUUACAACAUUCUUAGUGGAUAAUAUCCAGCUCUUGCAACUAAAAGCAAUAAGUUUGAUAUGUGGGAUAUUCUACUCAUACACACAGCAUCGCACUUAUGUGAUAGAUGAAACACUUCAGCUGCUUUGGAAGUUACCAUUCUCAAAGAGAGCAGUAAGAGCUUAUCACCUACCUGAUCAAGAACAGAGGCAGAUUCAGAUGAUUACUGCAUUGCUGAUUCAAUUAAUUCAUUUUAGUACUAAUCUUCCUGAAGCUUUAAGACAAGCAUCAAAUGGAAACACCAUAUUGGACGUUUCAAUUGAUUCCAGUUACCCGAUUAAAUGCCAUGAAGCAGCCACAGAGGCAUGUUGUCUCUUUUGGACCCGUGUCCUUCAGCGAUUUACAACAGUAAAAACUCAGGAUGCCUCUGAGUUGAAAGUGAUGAUGGAGAAUCUUGUUAUGGAUUUGCUGACAACAUUGAAUUUACCUGAAUAUCCUGCUUCAGCUCCUAUUCUGGAGGUUCUUUGCGUCUUACUGCUUCAGAAUGCUGGGCUGAAAUCUAAAGACAUCUCUGCACGUUCAAUGGCCAUUGAUCUUCUUGGUACAAUUGCUGCAAGGUUGAAGCAUGAUGCUGUUCUUUGCAGCAGGGAUAGAUUUUGGAUAUUGCAAGAAUUGGUUGGUGGAGAUAGUGUUGAUCAAACUUACCCUAAAGAUGUCUGUUCGGUCUGUAUGGAUGGAAGAGUUGAAAGGGCAUUGUUUGUAUGUCAAGGUUGUCAUAGAUUUUUUCACGCAGAUUGCAUGGGAGUAAGAGAACAUGAAGUUCCUAGCCGUGGCUGGUACUGUCAGUUCUGCCUCUGCAAGAAGCAACUUCUUGUCUUACAAUCAUACUGCAAAUCACAAUGCAAGGAUGAUGAGAAAAGAAAUCGUGCUCGGUCAGAUAAGAAUUCUGAAGCUAGUGAUCCAAUUACAAAAGUUGAAAUUGUUCAGCAGAUGCUUUUAAAUUACCUGCAUGAUGCUGGCUCUUCUGAUGAUGUGCAUCUCUUUGUUCGCUGGUUUUAUCUUUGCCUGUGGUACAAAGAUGAUCCAAAGUCCCAACAAAAGUUCAUUUACUACCUUGCUAGAUUGAAAUCAAAAGCAAUUGUGCGUGAUUCUGGGACUGCUUUCUCAUUGUUAACUAGGGAGUCGGUCAAGAAGAUAACACUAGCAUUAGGACAAAAUAAUUCUUUCUCCAGAGGGUUUGAUAAGAUUCUUCAUUUGCUGUUGGCAAGUCUCAGGGAGAAUUCUCCAGUAAUUAGGGCUAAGGCAUUACGUGCAGUUAGUAUUAUCGUGGAAGCUGAUCCAGAAGUUUUGUGUGAGAAACGUGUCCAAGUGGCUGUUGAAGGAAGGUUUUGUGACUCUGCAAUAUCUGUGAGAGAAGCAGCCCUUGAACUUGUUGGUAGGCAUAUUGCUUCACAUCCUGAUGUUGGUUUGAAGUACUUUGAGAAGGUUGCCGAGAGAAUAAAGGAUACAGGAGUGAGUGUACGGAAAAGAGCGAUCAAAAUCAUCAGAGACAUGUGUACUUCCAAUGCUAACUUCUCAGAAUUUACAAGUGCUUGCAAUGAGAUCAUUUCUCGUGUUAGUGAUGAGGAAUCUAGUAUCCAGGAUCUUGUCUGCAAGACAUUUUAUGAGUUCUGGUUUGAAGAACCAUCUGGUUCUCAGACUCAGUUUUUUGGUGAUGGUAGUUCUGUUCCACUGGAAGUUGCAAAAAAGACUGAGCAGAUUGUUGAAAUGUUGAGAAAGAUGCCUAAUCAUCAACUUCUUGUUGCUGUCAUUAAGCGCAACUUAGCCCUUGAUUUUUUCCCUCAAUCAGCUAAAGCUGUUGGGAUUAAUCCUGUCUCAUUGGCAUCUGUUCGUAAGCGUUGUGAGUUGAUGUGCAAGUGCUUACUAGAAAGGAUAUUGCAGGUAGAGGAAAUGAACAGUGAAGAAGUUGAGGUGUGCACACUUCCCUAUGUCCUGGUCUUGCAUGCCUUUUGUGUUGUUGAUCCAACCCUGUGUGCUCCAGCUUCUGAUCCUUCCCAGUUUGUAGUCACUCUACAGCCAUAUCUGAAGAGUCAGGUUGAUAAUCGAGUAGUUGCAAAACUACUGGAAAGUAUAAUCUUCAUAAUUGAUGCUGUUCUGCCCCUGCUUCGAAAGCUUCCACAGAGUAUUCUGGAAGAACUUGAGCAAGACCUAAAGCAAAUGAUUGUUAGGCAUUCUUUCUUGACUGUUGUCCAUGCCUGCAUCAAGUGCCUUUGCUCAGUAAGUAAAGUAGCAGGAAAAGGUGCAAGUGUAAUUGAGUAUCUUAUUCAAGUGUUCUUCAAACGUUUAGGGGCCAUUGGGGUUGACAACAAACAGCAAGUGGGCCGAUCUCUUUUCUGUGUUGGGCUGCUUAUCCGCUAUGGUAACUCUUUGCUGAGCUCCUGCAGUGACAAAAAUGUAUAUGUUACAAGCAGCCUCAACAUGUUAAAAAAAUAUCUUCAGGUGGACGAUUUUUUUGUAAAGGUUAGGGCUUUGCAGGCAUUAGGAUUUGUUUUGAUUGCUAGGCCUGAAUAUAUGUUGGAAAAGGAUGUUGGAAAAAUAUUAGAGGCGACAUUUUCUUCUAGUUCUGAUGCUCAUCUUAAGAUGCAAGCACUGCAGAACAUGUACGAGUAUCUUCUUGAUGCAGAAAGUCAAAUGGGACCUGAUAAAACCAGUAAUGAUGUAGUUAAUUAUUCUGUAGAAGGUGGUCAGAGUGUGCCAGUAGCUGCAGGUGCUGGUGAUGCUAACAUUUGUGGGGGAAUAGUUCAGUUAUAUUGGGAUAGUAUCUUAGCAAGAUGCUUGGAUGUCAAUGAACACGUCCGCCAAUCCGCCCUCAAGAUUGUGGAAGUUGUGUUACGCCAGGGUCUUGUUCACCCUAUUACUUGUGUUCCAUACCUUAUAGCACUUGAAACAGAUCCUCAGGAGGUGAACUCAAAGCUGGCUCAUCAGUUGCUGAUGAAUAUGAAUGAGAAGUAUCCUGCUUUCUUUGAAAGCCGUUUGGGUGAUGGCCUUCAGAUGUCAUUUGUUUUCAUACAAUCGACAAGUGGCUGUUCUCCUGGAAAUUCAAACCCAAAAGUCCAAACCAAGGUACCUGGAAAUAUGAAGGGGAAAUCUGAUGGUGGCAGUUUUGCCUAUGCAAGGCUUGGAGUUUCUAGAAUCUACAAGCUUAUUCGUGCAAACCGUGUCUCAAGGAACAAAUUUAUGUCUUCAAUUGUUCGAAAAUUUGAUACUCCAAGCUGGAAUCAUUCAGUAAUUCCUUUCCUGAUGUAUUGUACUGAAAUUCUUGCUUUGCUACCAUUCACAUCACCUGAUGAGCCCCUGUAUUUGAUCUAUGCUAUUAAUCGAGUUAUACAAGUUAGGGCUGGGACACUUGAGGCAAAUAUGAAAGCCUUGAGCUUACACUUUUCACAGAGAGAUGUCCAUAAGAUUCAUCAUGAGAAUGGGAUUGCUGAACAGGAACCAGCUUCUCAGCCUGUAUCCAACUAUACAACAUUAAUGGAUGUAAAUGGUGCAGCCAAACUAGAGCCAGCUGGUCAGCCUGAUUCAGAUCAUGCUACAUCAAUGAAUUUGAAGACAUACAUGACAUGCUUGGACAGUUCUUGUGAUAUAUCAAAAGAUGAUCUGCAAAAAAUUCAGGCAGACUGUCUUGCAGCCACUGCACUGCAACUUCUCCUGAAGCUGAAGAGGCAUUUAAAAAUUGUGUAUAGCCUCAAUGAUGCCCGAUGCCAGGCUUUCUCUCCAAAUGAACCACUAAAAACAGGAGAGGUUCUCACCAAGCAGAAUAUUCCCUUUUACAUUACUGAAAUGCACAUUGAUUUGCCCACCACUCAUCAAGAAUUGAUGCAAAGAUAUCAGGAGUUUAAGAGUGCCUUGAAGGAAGAUACAGUUGAUUACUCGGCCUACACAGCAAACAUCAAGAGGAAGCGUCCAGCCCCCAGGAGAGGUGUUAAAUCUGGUCGUAUGAUGGGUGGAGAUGAUGAAGAUGAAGAUGAUGAUGAUGAAGAUUGGACAGGUGGGAGGAGGCAAAGUAACAGUGUCAGGAGAGGCAACAGCAACAGAGGUGGCAGACAGCGGUUGUAGUUGUAAGUAUAUAACAGGUAAGCUAACAUGUACAUUAUGUAGCUGAGAAAGGAAAAGAAAUAGGAAGAAAUUAGGAAGGAAAAAAAUAGAAAAUCUGGAAACAGAAGAAAGUGAAAGUAAGUGCCUUGUGGGUAAUCAUUGGUUGGUUGUUUGAAAGUGCUUUCUUAGCUGUUUCCAUGUGUUGCUUCGCAUUAUAAUAAUUGUGCAACCAUUUUUUUGGAAUGAAAUUCAACUUUUCUAGAUUU